GAGAGAGAGAGAGUUAUUGGUAUAUCAUUUCCUCAACAACAGCGCGUCAUUUUUAGCUCCGGAGCAGGCUGCAUGUGUGGAGUUGCGUUCAGAGCGGACCACAGCCGGUGUCUCUGAGCGUGCUCUCCGUCACUUAGUUAUCGCUCGCAGAAGAAAGAUUAUCAGAGAGAGGUGGUGAAGCUGUGUGGAGGAGAUGGUUCCUUUAGCAGGAUGGACCGGAGGAAAGCCGUGCCCGGGUUCGUCUCCUGCUGUUUGUUACUGGUCCUGUCUGUCUCUGCAGAGGUCUCUGAAGGUGGAUACUUGAAUGUUGUACAAAGUGCAGCUCCACUCUCCUGUUCAGAAGGCUUUAAGGAACUGGGAUACUAUAAUGGCUCAGUUUCCCACACUGACUCAGGCUCCCCCUGCCUGAAGUGGACAGACUUCCCAGACUACAUGCGGCAGUACCCGAGCCGAGGCCUUGGAGACCACAGAUUUUGCCGAAACCCAGACCAAGAGGCCAACCCCUGGUGCUUCUUCAGGCAGAGCUCUGGUGCAAUCAGCUGGGCCUACUGUGACUGCCGUCAGGGUGCAGCUAGAUUGGUUGGGGGGUCAUCAGGCAACAGUGGGCGUCUGGAGGUCUGGCUGAAUGGCCAGUGGGGGGCAGUAUGUGACACACACUGGACCGACCGUGAUGCCAGCGUCAUAUGCAGACAGCUAGGACUGGGUGAGAUUGGUACAGCCCUGCAGCAUUCCUACUUUGGUGCAGGAUCCAUCUUUCACUAUGAGCGUCUGGGUUGCCGUGGUAAUGAGAAUUCCCUACUGGAGUGCCAGAUCCGGAAGUUUGUCAUCAGCGACUGCAGCCAUGGCAAUGAAGCAGGAGUGGUUUGUUCUGAACCUGAAGGCACUGGCAUCCCUUUGAGGCUGGUAGGAGGCCCUGAGGACUUUGAGGGCCGUAUCGAGGUGUACCAUGAUGGCAGGUGGGGAACCAUUUGCGAUAACCAGUGGGAUGACACUGAUGCUGAAGUGGUGUGCCGACAAUUGGGCUUGGGGGGUGUGGCUAAAGCAUGGACACGGGCUCACUUUGGCCAGGGUUUCGGUCCCGUCUGGUUGGAUGGGGUUGAGUGUACAGGCAAUGAACUCUCUCUGGAGGAGUGUCCUCAUAACAACUGGCAGCAGCACAACUGUGACCACAUGGAAGAUGCAGGGGUGUCCUGCAACCCCUAUACAGACGGUGCAGUCCGACUGGUUGGAGCAGAAAGUCCCUGGGAGGGUCGUGUGGAGAUUUACCACCAGGGAAAAUGGGGAACGGUAUGUGAUGACAACUGGACCGAGCUCAACGCCCAGGUAGUGUGUAGACAGCUGGGCUUCAGGGGCAGAGCAGAAGUGGCUCCUGACGGAGUGUAUGAGGAAGGUUGUGGGCUGAUCCUGCUGGAUGAGGUGCAGUGUCAGGGAACAGAGGACACUUUACUGUCCUGCACCCACUCUGAGUGGGGCCAACAUGACUGCUCCCACAGUGAGGAUGUAGGUGUCCGCUGUGAGAGGGGAGGUGAUAUCAAUGAGAUACCAGGCCUGCUGCCUCCUGGUGGUCCUCUGGUGCGUUUGGUUGCUGGAGAAAGCAGGAAAGAGGGUAGAGUGGAGGUCUUCAUGAAUAACCAGUGGGGAAGCGUGUGUGAUGAUGGCUGGAAUGACGUCAGUGCAGCUGUAGUUUGCAAACAGCUGGGAUUCACUGGCACAGCUAAAGCUCGAUCCAUGGCGUACUUUGGUGAGGGUCAAGGUCCCAUCCAUCUGGACAAUGUUCGAUGCUCAGGCACUGAGACAUCCUUAGGCCAGUGUACGGCUGUGGGUGAAGAUGGCCAUGACUGUCACCACAGUGAAGAUGCUGGUGUCAUUUGUGAUUACACCCUGGAUCCUGUGGGAGAUAGUGCCAUGGCAAUGCAGACCUGUGGCCUGAAACUCAAUAAUCAGCGUCGUCGACGCAGGAUCAUAGGAGGAGAUAAGUCACUUAGGGGUGAGUGGCCCUGGCAGGUGUCUCUGUGGCACAGGUCUCAGUCUAAAGGCAAUCAUCCUCUGUGUGGAGCAUCACUCAUCAACCCCUGCUGGGUUGUUACAGCUGCCCACUGCUUCAAGAGAUUUGGCAGAGACCCAACCCGCUACGUGUUGCGCCUAGGUGACUACCACACUGAAGAGCAGGAUGAUUUUGAACGCACCUUGUCACCUGAACACAUUGUCAUCCACAGAAAGUAUCACAGUCAGGGCUGGGAGUAUGACAUUGCCCUGCUGAGGCUCAAAGGCACAGAGGGAAAUUGUGUGGCAUUCAACCCUCACACUGGUGCAGUGUGUCUGCCAGAGCCAGGUAACAAGUGGGAGAAGAGGCCUGCUGCCUGUGUGAUCACUGGCUGGGGCAUCACAGACUCAGAGUACUCCCGGACUCUGCUUCAGGCCUGUCCCCUGCUUCCAACCUGGAAGUGUAAGAAGCGAUACGGUGAUCGCUUCACCAGCCGUAUGCUGUGUGCUGGGAGCCUGUCAGAGCGCCACCGUGUGGACAGUUGUCAGGGUGACAGUGGGGGUCCCCUGGUUUGCCAGAGGGAGGGGGGCCGUUGGGUGCUGACAGGGAUCAUCUCGUGGGGUCACGGCUGUGGUAAUCCCUCCUUCCCUGGGGUGUACACACGUGUUAGCAGGUUUCUGAGAUGGAUUGACAAAGUCAUCAACAAACCCUACAAGAACUAAUGAUGGAGAAUAACACUGAACCACACCGGUUAUCUAGUGUUAUAAGUGGCUUCGGGACUUGUAGCAGGAAGUGUGCAUUAGUAUUAGUAGAAUUAAGUCCAUUGCCUCUGUGUUUUGCCUCCUGGAGUUCUACACUGAGCUCUUCAGAUCAUUUGUUUCUUUUCCCACAUCACUUCAAAAAGCAUGUAAAUGACAUUGUAUAUGAUUCUCACAAUGUGAAUUAAUACCAAAUGACUGCACAGUAGGGGACACCUGUGCUGUGUCAUACUUUGAGUGUCUAUGAUCAGAGCCAGUGAUGAGUGCGCAGUAAGUGUUUAUGUGUUGUAGAUUAGACAUUCACCCAAACUGCUAUACAGUGUGUGCCCGUUUCUUGCCCCUCUUCAUAGAACAAGUUCAUUCCUCACUGACAAAAUGACUAACAAACUGAUCAGCCAGAACAAAAGUACUAAAAAUGUCUGUAUUUUGCAGUGUAAAAUGAUUUUUAUUUAUUCAUAAUUUAUAAGGACUUCUGAGUGCUAGCUGACUAAUGAGGUGAUAUUGCUUCACAGUACUAGCUUUCCAAUGGUUUGCCUACAUGAGGGAGCAGCAGCUUGAGGGAAGAGCUUGUCAUAUGAUUUGGCCAUGCUCUCAAGCAGUGAGUGAGGCCACAUGGAAAAGUAUAUGUUCAUGGCUGGGCAAUACAGGCCUUUGAUUCCAACAUUUUGGAUCUCAUUCAAAGGGGACAACAUGCAUAGAUACAUUUUGAUUUAUUUAAAUGUAUUUAUGCACUAUACAGAACAGUAACCAUCCAACAGACUGGAACACAGAAAGACAUAUUGACAUACAAACUCGAGAACUAGAAAGAAUAAAAUUUGAAUUUGGAUCUGGCUACUAGGAGCCAAGUGGACGUCUGCUGGGUUCAUAUGGCACAGUUAAAUAGUGCUAUACUAAGCCAGUCAUGUAAAAACAUGUCUUGCAAUCACUUAUGAAGUCAUUUUUUCACAAAGCCAGUGAAAGACUGUAAUGGGGAGAAACACGCACCUUUGAGGAAUAAUGUGUCUAGAAUAGUAGAGUAGUGAAUUUGUACAUAGAGACAUUUUAUUUGUUUGAUUAACAUUCCAAGUGUGCAUGUCUGAACCCACACCACAGGUCAAACCAUUAUUCAUUUUUUUCAUUCCAAGCAUGAAUGACAUCAUUUUUGUGAGAUGUAUUUCUAUAUUCAACUACUAUACAGUAAAAGGUGUUAAAUGUGCAAAUUCAUUUAUAUCAUCCAUUGCUGUCAACACAUGGCAAAGACUGAAAAAUCACCUGAAAGGCAGCUGUGCUGGGGCCCUCGAUCCCAUGAGCCUACAAAAGCCUUAAGUUCGCUGUUUGGAAAUCCGUUUGUGGUCUUUUGUUUUAACUGCAACUGUGUUUGGGAAUAUGAAAAUAUGUAUAUUAGUUUCCCCAUGUUUGAAUAUGUUCUGCCAAUAUUACAAUCCACAUCAUCUUCACCAACCGCACAGACUGGGAAUAAAAGAAAAGCCUUUCUCCCUUUUACAAGUCAGUGUAAAAUCAGCUGUUAUUUUCACCUCCUAAGACCCAGGCAUUGAUUUUGUAUACAUUUUUAAUUUCUCCAACCUUUUGGGAUUAGUAGGGCCUGAUUAGUAUAAAAAACAAACCAUGCCUUUGAACAGGAAGUAGUUCUUGAAAAAACUUAACUUGGCAUAUGGGAAGAAUGGGUUUAUUUUACUGUAUAACAGAAUAAAGGCAUCAGUUUAUAAAACUGUAUAUUUCGGUGUCUAAACAUGGGUGUACAAAAACAAAAUUACAACCAAUGCAGCAUACCUAAAAGCCUCAUGAGUGUUCAAUGUUUUGCAACUCUAUAAAUUUUCCUUAGUCCAUACAGCAAACUAGGAAUGUCCAUUUUGUCUGUAGGAACAGUCUGUCACACACAGCCUGUGUGAAUUUCUGCUAACAUUCACUAACAGCACUCACUCUUUUCGUCUCUCACUGAAAUAAUGAAUAAGCAUCCAGAAAGCUGAAAAAUCAAUCAUAUGAAUGGUAAUUUCCUGUUGUCAUCUUUGUUGUCUUGUCUAGUUUCAACCAUAAAAUUUGAUUAGGUUUUGUUCCUCUUAUACUUUUAUCAUGAUCUCAGCUGUAGAAUCUGUUGACAGAUAUUGCCACCAUCUUGUUUUUAUGCUGCUCAGUGCAUUGUGAACACUAGGUUGUUGUUGUUGCUUUAAGUUAGGCCCUGCUUUAUUACCUGAACUUGAGGCGCUGUCUUAGAGAGGGUACUUGUGUAAGUCCUUUAUCAUUUCAACCUUCAACGUGCUUACAUGGUGCAUAAUCAUCAAUUAAUUUGUAUUUAUUUUUAGAUCACUGUACCCAAUGCACAUGAAUGGGGAAGAACAGCCCAAGGGCCCGUCAGCAGGUUAACCCAGAUGUGGUUAUGACAGCAUUCAGUAUACUUGAAACUGAAAAUGGCCUAUGUUACCCCAGUUAGAGUUUGUCACAGUAACUGUACAUAUGUAACAUCAGUAUUAUAACUUUACCAUGAUGCCAAACUGUGUGUGUACAACUGUGUUAACAACAAGGUAUGCUUUGGAUCUGUGUUGCAUUCUGUAUUGGCCAAUGCAAUGAUUAUUUUUUAUCAGUUUAAUUUUAUUUGGAAAAAAGCCUCAAUGUUAACUUUGUUAAGCUCUAUUUAUUUAAACUGUGUUAAUUUAACAUGAACACAUUCCACAUGAGACUAGAGAAAUGAAAACAUUGCUGUAAGUAACCACGCUACUUGGACAUUUAAGAUCAAGCAUGUGUCUCAGCCAUGUGCCACAGGAUUCUAGUAUUUAAUGACAAGACUCAUAACAGUGACUAGCUGGAUAGUCUCUAUUCUGAUUUGAAGCCUUUUGUUCUUUUUGCAAAAACAAUUCAUUGAAUGUCUCAAAACAUUUCAUUAAAUUCUCCACAACUCC